UCCAGUCCAGACAAGUUGCUGCUGGAGAAAAGUUUCACCUCCUCCUCUCUUUACCGGCUCCUAUAGUCCUCCUGGCUCAGACGCCGCCCCGCUGCUGCAGGAUCCCUGACUUUUUCCAGCAUCAUGGAGCUCCGUUAUGUACUCAUAUGCGUCUGCCUGAGUUCUCCUCUGUGCUUUUCGGACAACUCUCAGAGCAAUCGCUUCGUGUUGGAGCCAUUUGAUUUCCUCUUCGACACGGCGGUGGACGCGUACAACAAGGGGGAAUGGUUGUCGGUCAUCCUGAACAUGGAGAAGGCUCUCCGGAACAAAGCUACGGUGCGCAAUGUGAAGGCUCAGUGCCGGCUCAGCUGCGCCAACCAGACCGCUUUCGGACAGCGCCUGGACGGCCCGGGAGUUCCCAUACCGGGGGCCGGGUCUGUAGAGGACCUGGGCUUCUUCCAGAAAAUCCUGAAACGGGCAGACUGCGUGAACUCCUGUGAGUUGGAGAAACUGGGUUCACCGACUCUUCAUGAAGUCACUGCAGAAGUGGAGCUGGAGUUUAAGAAGAGGACCCCGUAUAACUACUUACAAGUGGCAUAUUUUAAGAUCAAUAAGCUGAACAAGGCGGUGGCAGCUGCCCACACAUUCUUCCUGGCCAAUCCCGAUCACGUGGAGAUGAGACAGAACCUGGAGUUCUACAAGAUGAUGGCAGGAGUACAGGAAGAGGACUUCAAAGAUUUAGAGGCCAGGACACAUAUGGCGGAGUUCCUGCUGGGAAAGAGCUUCUACAGCGACGACUCUUUCGGCCUGGCGGCUGAACACUUUGAAGCGGCGGUGGCCGAGUACUUCACUGCCGAUAAGGAGUGCAGAGCGCUUUGUGAGGGAGCGUACAACUACGAUGGCUACAACUACAUGGAGUACAGCGCCGACCUGUUCCAGACCAUGACAGACCACUACAUGCAGGUACUGAGCUGUAAGCAGAACUGUGCGGUGGAGUUGGCCACCACUGCUGGAAGAGAAAAGCCAUUUGAGGACUUCCUGCCGUCUCACUUCAACUACCUGCAGUUCUCCUACUACAACAGUGAGAAGUACGAGCAGGCCAUAGAGUGCGCAAAGACCUUCCUGAUGUUCCACCCUGACGACGAGGUGAUGAACCAGAACCUGGCGUAUUAUUCUGCCGUGCUGGGUGAGGAAAAGGCGCAAACCAUAUCAGCCAGACAGGCGGUGAAGCUGCACAUGCAGCAGUCCAUACUGGAAAAAGAGCUGCUUUACUUUGGAUAUGAAGCUUUUGGAAUCACAUUUGUUGAUCCGGACACUUGGACCCCUGAAGAUGUCAUGCCUAUGAAACUGAGAGAAAAGCAGAAAGCGGACAGAGAGACUGCAGCCAGGAUCACAGAGGAAAUAGGAAACCUCAUGAAGGAGAUUGAGACUCUGGUUGAGGAGAAGAAGAAGGAUUCUUCUGAUAUUGCCACGAUAAUAACACCACAAGAAGCUGACCCUCCUCCUCCAGGUGGCACUAUGGUUUAUGAUGACAUCAAGGUGACAAUGACGUCCAAGCUAAUGAACGGCUCUCAGCGGGUGCUGCUGGACGGUGUGCUCAGUGAUGACGAGUGUAGAGAGCUGCAACGCCUCUCAAAUGCAGCUGCUCUUGGUGACGGCUACAGGGGGCGCCCUUCCCCACACUCCCCCAGUGAGAUGUUCCAGGGAGUCACUGUCUUGAAUGCUGUGAAGCUCGGACAGGAGGGGAAGGUUCCAAUGAAGAGCGCUCGUCUGUUUUUCGACCUCAGCGAGAAGGUGAGGAAGGUGUUGGAGUCCUACUUCCGUCUGGAAACUACGCUCUACUUCUCCUACUCCCACCUGGUCUGUCGCUCUGCCAUCGAUGAGAAGCAGGAGGGCCGUGAGGACCUGAGUCACCCUGUUCAUGCGGACAACUGUCUGCUGGUCUCUGAGCUCAACGACUGUGUAAAGGAACCUCCUGCAUACACACACAGGGACUACAGUGCCAUCCUUUACUUGAACGAUGACUUCGAAGGAGGAGAUUUCAUUUUCACCGAGCUCGAUGCUAAAACAGUGACGGCUGAGGUGCGUCCGCAGUGUGGCCGGGUGGUGGGGUUCGGCGCGGGGAAGGAGAACCCCCACGGUGUCCGAGCCGUCACUAAGGGUCAGAGAUGUGCUGUGGCCCUGUGGUUCACCCUGGAUCCUGCACAUGAGGAGAAGGAGAGAAUCCAGGCCCAGGAAAUGCUGAAGAUGUUUUCAACCCCUGUGGAUGCGGAUUUCAUCAAAAAAGAGGAGACCGACACCCCUGAGCCGCAACAGACAACACCAGAGCCUCCUGCUCAGGCUGACCAGGAAAAAGCAGACAGUAAACCAGAUGAUAAACCAGCAGAGCAAAAGCCAGACAGUAAGCCAGAGGAUAAACCAGCAGAGCAAAAACCAGAGGAUAAACCAGCAGAUCAAAAACCAGUCACAACAGCAGACACACAAGUGGACAAAUCAGCUGACCCUCCAAAGGCCAAAGCAAAGGCAAAACCGGUCAGCAAAACAGCAAAAGACACUAAAGCUAAAGCCGCUCCUAAAGCAAAAGCCAAAACUGGAGAGCAAGCCAAGGCCAAGACGGCAGAGAAAGUCAAGCCUGCCACCAAAAAAGACGGGAAACAGACGGUUACAAAACAAGCCAAGCAGGGAGAUAAAAAAGACGCAAAACCUGCUGCAAAAAAGACAGUGAAAGUUGCUGCUGCCAAGAAGGACUCAAAAAAAGCCAAAGCUGAUGCAACGUCAGCCUCAGACUCUCAGAAAGGCAGAGUGGAGCUGUGAUCAAAGCGCCUGCAACCGUGUCUGUGUGGUGUCUGCUUUUUCUACAAGUUCUUUUUAUGCGGGUGGCUGAAUGCAAACAGAGUGAAAGGUUGAGCUAUAAAAUGUUUUUUGUCUUUAAAGUCACUGGUUAUGGUUGAUGAUUUUAUGUUUAAAAAAAAAAAAAAUGUCUUUACUGAAAACACAGAGACACUGAUGUUUCACGGCAGCCAUCUCUGACAUCGUUACUUGAUUACUUGUUGAUUGACAAUCUGCAAGAGAGCCUGAAUCACUGUCAACGUCCUUAUUUGGCAUGCAAAGCUUUGGCUCUGUAUAGAUGGUGUUUAAUUUAAUCUCUGUUCAGGAAAACUUAAAUCCACUCUGUGAAUCAAUGAAAUAAAAGUUCUGUUUCUAA